AUUCUUGGCAAAUAGCGUGUCUGGGGAAACACACUGUUCCCUGACUCCUUGGAGCAAAGUAACUUUCCUUCAAUCUGACUUUUCCAAGUUCUUUUUCCAAGCCGAAGGAUUUGGAUCCCCAAAUUCACUCGAGGAGUAUUAUAAACACAGUUUAUACCAUGGGAAGCCAAGCAAACGGAGCCAGAAGCAUCCCACCAAUGGGGUAUCUGUUACCAGCAACCAGCUCUGCUGGAAAUCUAGCCUCAUAUUCUUCGCUUUCAUUGAGCAGCAGGGCUGGAAGAAGCCCACUUGUUACCUCAGGGAAGGCCUCAAGCAAAAUCCGCUGGGAAGAGCACGAAGCUCUCAAGAGGGACCAGGUCCAACAAGACAAGAUCUGGAGAGAGGCUGUGGAGGCUGAGAGGAAGGCAACCAAAUACUGGUAUCAGAACUGGAGUUUCCUAAAGGACUACGAUUCCCUGGGUAAGAAAAAAGCAUCUGCCCAACUCCCUGAAUAUAUAUCAAUAUUUUCAGACAAAAUUCCCAAUACCACCAACCACGUUAUUGGCAGCAGAAUGAACACUGAUCUUGGUAAAACACUGAUAAAAAUGGACUAUUUCCUCAAUUACGGAAAAAGAAAAACCAAAACCGAGCAAGAACUCCAGCCUUCCUAGAAUUAAAUAGAAAUCUUGCUGUUAAAAAAAUGCUUAUCUAUACUUUUUAAAAAUAGGAUUAAUGUCAAAAACUUUUGUGCAUUUACCCUUCCAGACUUAAUUCUUCUGCAGACUGGUCAGCAAUGAUAUUUAGCAAAUGAAAGUUGAUAGCAAAGUUUGCUAAUAUUUUCCUUGAGAAUAGUCACAUGUAAACACUAAUCUCUAUGAUUUUUAUGUUUAGAAAAUAGUGGUGCUGCACUGCAUUCUUGAAAGCAUAAGCUGUAUGAGGCUUGUGGAGGUCCACUUUUUUCACCCCCAUUCUUUAGGAAAACUAUAUUUCUUCCAUCAAAAUUAAGCCUGAGGUUUUAUUGAAGAUGACAGGGAUGACCUGUUAUACAUUGCAAAGACUUGGCGUGGCAUCAAAUGUGUCAAUUUCGGUUUUGUGUAUGGAUUAGGGGCAGGGUGGAAGGGAAGAGUCAUCCAGGGCACCCUGGAGAUUGUCAGAGGCAUUGCCGUG